AUGUGGUGUUGGCGGCGCGCGGGACAGGAGCUGCAGAGGCCCCUCCGCGAGCGGCUCCUGCUGUCGCCCGGCUGGGGGUCACGCGCUGGGGCCGCCGCCGCCUCCUCCCUGCCCAGCGCGAGCCCGGGCGGUUUGUACGAGGCGCUGGCCGAGUCGGCCCCCGUGCACUGGGCGGAGAGCGGGCUGGUGGCGCUGCAGGCGGGCACCGGCCUGCCCUGGUGGCUCAGUAUCGUGUGUGCCGGCGCCGCCCUGCGCACCGGCCUCACCCUGCCGCUGGCCGCGCACCAGGGCCACAUCCUGGCCAAGCUGGAAAAUUUGCAGCCUGAAAUAGAAAACCUAGCUAAGCGUCUUCGCUAUGAAGUUUCAAUUCGUGGGAAGCAACUUGGUUGGUCUGAAAAAGUUGCUAGGUUCCAUUUCAGGAAGAAUAUGGGAAGAAUUGUUUCAGAAUUGUAUAUUCGAGACAACUGCCACCCCUUCAAGGCUAGUCUGUUGAUGUGGAUACAGAUUCCAGUGUGGGUGUUUGUUUCCAUAGCUUUGCGUAACUGCAGUGUCGGUGCAGCAGACUCAGAAGUCCUUGCAGUUCAGGAACAGCUGUCGACAGGUGGAACCCUGUGGUUUACAGACCUUACUGUACCAGAUACUACAUGGAUUUUGCCAGUCUCACUUGGGCUCCUCAAUUUGCUGAUAGUGGAGAUCUUUGCUCUGCGAAAACUUGAACUGUCCAGGUUCCAGAAGUACAUUACCAACUUCAUUCGAGGACUGUCAAUACUGAUGAUUCCUAUUGCUGCAACUGUACCUUCAUCCAUGGCUUUGUACUGGUUAUCCUCCAGCUUCAUGGGACUCUCACACAACCUGCUACUGCGCUCGCCAACUUUUCGUCGACUGUGCCACAUACCAAGGACCAAGUCUGACUCAGACACUCCUUAUAGGGAUAUAGUCUCUGCCUUUUAUACUAAGUACUUUUUUAAAAAGUGAUUCAUUUUGCAUUGGUGGAAGAACUACCCUAUACAGGCAACUUGAGUAAUUCAUAAGUCAUAUUGUAUUGAAAUGUACCUAUUUAAUAUGGGGCAAGUCUAUGCUACCACGCUACAUCAGCGCAGUUGCACUGCUGUAGCUCACCUGGUGAAGAAACGCUAUGCCGACGGGAGGGCGUCUCCCACCGACAUAGCGCGGUGUGGACACUGCUUUAAGUCAGUCACUCUACGUCGCUCAUGGGUGUGAAAAAGCCAUCCCCUGAGCGACGAAAGUUACAUCAACUGACGCAGUAGUGUAUCCAAGCCCUGAGUGUCUCCUUGAAAGAGAAUGUGAAAGGCUGUCGUUGGAACUGUAUUUUUCCUAAUAAAACAGUGGCUGUCUCUGACAAGAAGUGGAGUGGGUAAUUGUACUAACUUCUUGGCGCAGUGCAAAAUUGUUGGGAUUUUUUUAGUUCAUGUGGUGUUUUUGUAAGUUGGGUGUCCAACUAAUAGCAGCUUCUUUCCUUUAUUGGUAAUACAGGAUGAAGAUAGAUGUUAAAAUUGUGGCUGAUGUAGCUCUGCUAUUUACACUGAGUCUGAUUUUAACUACAGGCUAGUGAACAACGAUGUAGCUUUAUUUGAAGACUGAAUGGGUCACUGGGUUGGUAAUGGUGUGCUAGGUCUCCUCUCUCAGACACUUGUUCUGGUCCAGGUUCAGAUUCAGUAGUUGACCACAUGUAGUCAAUCUACUGGCCUAUGGGAAAGUUCUAUGGACAACUGAGAUGGUGUUUUUGUGAAACUACAAAGGUGGAUUAAUUGCCCACUCGUUUGCAGUGUCAGCCAACUAAUCUGAAACAAGCUAGGAAUCCAUGGAUUUACACAGCAUGAGAAAGGUUCACUGCUACUAUCCAGGGGAACAGGUGUAGAACUUUGACUCAGGAUACAAGGGUUCUGUUCUUGGCUCUCAUGUUGAGCUUGUAUAAGUUACUUCAUCUCUCCAUAUUUUAGUUUCCCCAUGUAUAAAAUGGGGAUAAUGAUAUUUAUCCUGCUUUGUUUAAAAAAAAAAAAAAAAAAGCAUCAUGUGAAAGAGCGUGAUGGCAGUUGUCAUAGGCACUGGUCUCACUUUUGUAUAGAACUAUGUCACACAGCUCUACAAGACCAAAAAACCAUUGUUUUGUAUGUCAUGUACACACUGUGGAAUGUUUAAGUUCAGUGUCCAUAAAGAAAGGAAUUAAUUAC